CUGGAUCCUUGACUGGCUACGCGGGGUUGCUUUUCCGACCUCAACCCUCCUGUUCUUAUCUCGAACCAUUUUUGUCCGUCAUGGCUCCUUCAAAGUGGGAUGAUGAGGAGGAGAGCGUCUCCCCCCCUCCCGUUGCUGCCCGCCGCAAGUUUGACGAUGAGGAAGAGGACGAUGUUCUCGACUCGUGGGACGCUGCCGAAGACUCCGAAGUAGAGAGAGAGAAGGCUGCCAAGGCUGCUGAGGCCAAGGCCAAGGCCGAAGCCGAAGCGGCCGCCAACAAGAAGAGCAAGGCGCAGCGGAUACAAGAGCACAAGGCGACGCGGAAGGCGCAGGCCGAAGCCGACGACGAUGAAGAAAGCGAGGAGGACGAAGCCGAGCGGCGCGCCCGCCUCCGCAAGACGGAGAAGGAUGCCGACCUUAAGCACGCCGAGGACCUGUUUGGCGACAUCGACCUCAACCGGAUGCGCAACCGCGGUGCUCCCAAGGCUAUCGUCAUCGGCAACUCGGCUGACCCUACCCAGGCGAUUGACCUUUCAGCCAUGCCGCUGUUCAAACCCACCACUAAGGACCAGUUCGCGCAACUCACCGCGGCCCUGAUCCCCCUGUUGACGGCACACUCCAAGAAGCCCCAGUAUGCUCUCUGGGCGCAGGAAUUUGUCAAGCAGCUGGCCAAAGAGCUGCCCAGUGGCGACGUGAAGAAGAUGGCCUCCGGCUUGACCACGCUCAGUAACGAGAAGAUGAAAGAGGAGCGUGCCGCUGACAAGGGUAACAAGAAGACGAAGGCCGCCAAGACCAAGGUUUCUCUCGUGGCUGCCAGAGACAACCACAUUGAUUCCAACUCUUAUGAUGAUGAUGGUCUUGAUGACGAUGACUUCAUGUAAAUAUCUCAACUAGGCGUGACCCGUUUCCCUUUGUCAUCCUUCCCUAGAAACAUUUCCUUUAUUGUUUCAGUCUCAGGUUCAUUCCCUCCAGAUUUCCAAUUAGACCGAUCCUGACAUCCUUUUGAUGUGCCCUCAUUUCUGUAUAGUUCGUAUAAAUCCAUCUCCCUGUUGCCCUUUCUUGGCCUUUUGCUUUACCCUGAUAGCGUACUAUCGUUUGCACAGCUACCUAUAUU